GACCCUUCUGCCCUUCCCAGGACGAACCCAAUGGCUGGGAAUCAGAUGGGUGGGACUGGGGGAGUCCUGGGGCCCAGCUGCCGCCCUGCCCUGCCCUGCCCUGCCUGAUGCCGGCGUUUGCCACCCUCCGUGCCCAAUCGCCGCGGAGUGGACUCCCAGCAGUUAACUUGGAAUGACAUUGGGAUUUCAUCAUUAGCAUUCGGCGCCGGAUUGACGCAGGCAGAAGCACCGCAGCAGCAGCAGUAGCAGAGGCCCCCGCUGGCUCUCGAGUCCCGCCGGCUUGAGUGGCCGGGCUUCUGGGGCACAGGCAGGGCGGGUGCCCCCUCCCCGUUUCCCUCCCUCCUCCCUUCUCCCGCCUGCCUUCCCCCAUGCCAUCGGCCGAUUUGGAGCCACUCCGGAGCGCGGUGUGAACGCAGCCCCGACGACGGGGACAGAGCAGGAAUCAUGCCGGAGACCGGACAGGACUCCCCCAGCAGCCAAGCGCAGCCCCCGCAGCAGCAGCAGCCGGCCCCGCCGCCGCCGCCGCCUCCCGCUCACCCCAAGGAGUCGCCUUUCUCCAUCAAGAACUUGCUCAAUGGGGACCAUCCCAAGGCGCCUCCCAAGCAGCCGCGGGCGCUUUUCCCCCCGGUGGCCAAGGGGGCUCUCGAGGGGGCCGGCUUCGCCCUCUCGCAGAUGGGGGACCUCGCCUUUCCGCGCUUCGAGAUCCCGGCGCAGAGGUUUGCCCUGCCUGCGCACUACCUGGAGAGGUCCCCAGCCUGGUGGUAUCCCUACAGCCUGACCCCCGCUGGAGGCCACCUACCUAGGCCAGAAGCUUCGGCGGAGAAAUCGCUCCUGAGAGACUCUUCGCCGGCCUCAGGGGGCACAGACAGAGACUCCCCGGACGAGCCCUUGCUGAAGGCCGAGAGGGAGGCGAAGGAGCUGGACUCCAAGAGUCCGGACGAGAUCAUCCUGGAGGAGAGCGACUCGGAGGAGGCCAAGAAAGAGGAGAGCGGCGCCGAGGACUGGCCCAAGCGGGAGGCCUCUUCGGAGGGCAGCCCGGAGAAGAAGCCGUGCCGCAAGAAGAAGACGCGCACGGUCUUCUCGCGGAGCCAGGUCUUCCAGCUGGAGUCCACCUUCGACAUGAAGCGCUACCUGAGCAGCUCCGAGCGCGCCGGCCUGGCCGCCUCGCUCCACCUGACCGAGACGCAGGUCAAGAUCUGGUUCCAGAACCGGCGCAACAAGUGGAAGCGGCAGCUGGCCGCCGAGCUGGAGGCGGCCAACCUGAGCCACGCCGCGGCGCAGCGCAUCGUCCGGGUGCCCAUCCUCUACCACGAGAACUCCGGCGCCGACAGCGGCGCGGGCGGAGCAGGCGGCGGCCCCACGGCGGCCAGCGCGCCGGUCAGCCAGCCGUUGCUCACGUUCCCCCACCCGGUCUACUAUUCGCACCCCGUGGUCACCUCGGUGCCGCUGCUGCGGCCCGUCUGAGGACUCCGCCUUGCUCAGCCGGACAGGGGACAAGCCAGGGAGGGAGGGAAGGAAGGAAGGAAGGGAAGGGAAGGAAGGGUGGGGAGGAAGGCAGGGUGGCUUGCUGAGAAACCCGCUUGCGAGAGAGCCGCCCGCCCCAGCCAGCCAGCCAGCCUCUGCCAGCCAGGCAUCUCAGGCCAAGAGAGCGGCCCCCUCCCAGGAGCAGCUGGAAAGGAGCAGCGGGUCUGUGAGCAGGCGCCCAUGCCUCGGUGCGAGCCACCACCGACGACGAGGCCAGUCCUGGAGACUUGCCCGCCCUCCAGCCCUUCCGCUUUGGCGCGGGGCGCGGGGGAACAGGAGAGACAUUAAACACAGCAGCCACGACGAAAGAGCCACUCUCCGUAGGCGAGGGCGAGGGCGAUCAGAACGCGCCUCUUACUUUCCGGUUUGUUUUCAUUUCUUCCCCCCACCCUUUUUUGAAAGGAAAGAAAAAAGAGGAAAGGGGGUGAGGUUUCGUGGGCUUUUUGCGCGCAAAAGAAUAGAGCCCUCGCUUUUCUCUAGAUGGUGCCAAAUGCUAAUCAGAAAGCGGAGAGAAGAUGGGGUCUGCUCGUUUGGAAACCUCACCCACAGCUUGCGCUUCUGGUACCCUGUGAAAUCAGAGUCCAGUUCGGACUCACUGCUCCCGAAUCUCCAGUUUUGUUUGUAUCUUCGAGGCUCUUUGGGAUGGAACUUUAAUCCCGACCGAGAAACGCAGCCCUGUCUGUUCCUUAAAAGCUUCAACGGUGUACACUUUUUACCUUAUUUAUGAAAUUUAUUUUAUUCUAUUCCAAGUGAAUGUUGUUUUCUUUUAAAAAGAAAAAAAAAGGAUAUUGGGGUUGGAGCUGUAGUUCUUUGCCUUUUCCUCCCCUCUCUUCUUCAAAAAGGUCCUCCGAUUUGUACCGCUGACCUGUGCAAUAUUGUACAAUUCUGAAAGCACUGUCUUUUUGUUUGGGUUUUGUUGCAGGGAGGGUUGUGUUAAAAGGGCGAUGAAAGGUUGGGUUUAUUUUUCACUGUAUACUCUUUGUGAGGGAGGGGGAGGAAGUGCACAAAAUUAGGGGGGCGAACGAAACGCAGUUGCUACUGAAUUCCAAACUUCAAAAGAGGUCGCGUGUGUGGGGCGCUUUAAGUGAUGGACAAUCAAUCAGUCUUAGACGAAUUGUAACUUCUUUGUUAUUCUGUACAGUUUUCUUGGCAGUUCCAAGGAGUGCGUGGGUUUUCAUAGACCGGCCUGAAUGAACUCCAAUUCUUUCGUGUCUGUCCUUUCUCACCUGUUGUCUGAUCAAUUAUUUCAGGGCCUCCCCAGAUAUAUUUCUCCCCUUUUCCUCUCCCUCUUUAGCAGGGUCGUCGGUCCUAUUUUUAAAAUAAAAUUAAAGAAUUGUUAUAAUAAUUCAAUGUCGUGGUUGGAGAAAA